UGUCAGUGACUAUCGUUCAAUAGUGUUUUGCUAUAAGAGAGCACAGGUGUCUCACAAACUACUGUUUUUGCUUUAUUAUUAAACCCAUUUCCCAUCAAUUGAUAUAAACAAUAGAUAUAUUCAAUUCUUUCUCUAAAAGAAAACAAUUGUUUUGAUUGUGUAAAAACAAGAAUAAACUCUUUAAGCUAUACUUUUACUCAUUGUAUAACAUAUCAUACAAUAAACAAAAGUUGAAUUUAUCAAUACUUCAAACUUUAAUACAGUUUUAACUGUUUUUGUCAAAAAAAAGUAAGUACUAAAAGGGUUAGUUAGAUAAAGGAAUGGCAGAAACGGGAGUCAAAUCAUCUGUCAGUCAGAAUUUCAUGCGUCAGUUCCGCGACAAGAAUACUCGUCAGCUCAAGAACUUGACGUCCACUCAGUUUAUGGAAGUCUGGAGUCAUUACGACAAAGACGGAAAUGGUUAUAUAGAGGGCCGAGAACUGGACAAUUUUCUCCGGGAAUUUGUCAGUUCGGUAAAUGCUAUCGAUGUCGGACCAGAGUUGGUGACGGACUCAAUGUUUGCCGAAUUAAAAGAGUGUUUUAUGGAGGCCUACGACGACAAUAGAGACGGAAAAAUAGAAAUACGCGAAUUGGCACAACUCCUACCUCUUGAGGAAAGCUUUUUACUUCUCUUCCGUUUCGAUAAUCCUUUGGAAUCAAGCGUUGAAUUUAUGAAGAUUUGGAGAGAGUAUGACACUGACGGCAGUGGAUACAUAGAGGCCGAUGAAUUAAAGAACUUCUUGAAGGAUUUAUUGAGAGAAGCCAAACGAGAAUCGAUAGAUGAGGACAAACUCAUUGAAUACACCGACACUUUACUCAAUAUAUUUGAUGCCAAUAAAGACGGCAAAUUGCAAUUGAGUGAAAUGGCUAAACUACUUCCAGUAAAAGAGAAUUUCUUGUGUCGUUCGGCAUUCAAAGGCGCCUCAAAACUGACUAAAGAAGAUAUUGAACGAGUCUUCGCUUUAUAUGAUAGAGAUAAGAACGGAACGAUUGAAAAUGAAGAGCUCAAAGGAUUUCUUAAGGAUUUACUGGAACUCGUCAAGAAGGACUAUGACGCACAAGAUUUGGGUGAAUUUCAGAAGACAAUACUUUCGGGAUGUGAUUACAAUAGAGACGGCAAAAUCAAUAAGAAAGAGCUGACUAUGAUUUUGUUAGCGUUGGCCAAACACUCAACUGAAUGAAUGAAUCAAUCAAUCAAUGUAUGAAUGAAUGCUCACUAAAAAAGGACAUACAUUUAUCUGACGAUUCACUAAAUCUAUUGCAAUAUCGAAAUGUCCAGAAUUUUGGACAAUUUUUUUGUGCCAAUUAUCGACACAUAUAUAUAUAUAUAUACACUUCUAUUAAUUUCAUUAACUAUUAGCACUUUUGCAACAA